UAGAAGCGCACGAGCCGAAGAAGAAUACGAAUAUAAUCAUUAACAAUGGCCGCUGAAACUCCCACCAUUCCUCUACUUACUCCUUACAAAUUGGGAAAGUUUGAUCUGUCCCAUAGGAGAAGGAGAAGAGUUGUUGGGCUCUUUGUAUGGAGCCUGGUUUUGUUCGUGUUAGGUCCGAUUUGAUGACCCGACCCAACCAACAUUUGUUGCGGAAUUUUUGUGGAUUUUCAAUGAGAUUUGGGCCAUGAAGCAGAACCACGUAAAUCUUGUGUCAGUAGUUUUGGCACCAUUGACCAGACAGAGAUCAUACGGCAAUGUUCCUCAGUCACAUGCUAUCUUAUAUUAUUCUCAGAGAACUUCCAAAGGCGGUCUUCUAAUAACUGAAGCCACUGGAGUUUCUGACACUGCUCAGGGGUAUCCAGAAACACCAGGCAUAUGGACCAAAGAGCAAGUUGAAGCAUGGAAACCUAUCGUAGAUGCUGUUCAUGCCAAAGGUGGAAUCUUCUUUUGUCAAAUUUGGCAUGUGGGGAGGGUUUCAAAUCAAGGUUUUCAGCCAAAUGGACAAGCUCCAAUAUCUUCUACUGACAAACCUUUGAUGCCGAAAGUUACAUCUAAUGGAAUUGAUGUUGCACAUUUCACUCCUCCAAGGCGACUAAGGACAGAUGAAAUUCCUCAAAUUGUCAAUGAUUUUAGGCUUGCGGCAAGGAAUGCUAUUGAAGCUGGUUUUGAUGGGGUUGAGAUACAUGGGGCUCAUGGUUACCUAAUUGACCAGUUUAUGAAAGACGAAGUGAAUGAUAGAACAGACCAAUAUGGUGGAUCCCUUGAGAAUCGUUGUCGAUUUGCGCUAGAAGUGGUUGAAGCUGUUGCUAAUGAGAUAGGAGCAGACAGGGUUGGGAUAAGGCUAGCUCCUUUUGUAGAUUAUAUGGAAUCUGGAGACUCAAAUCCAAAAGCAUUGGGUCUUUGCAUGGCCGAGUCCUUAAACAAGCAUGGGAUCCUUUAUUGCCACAUGGUUGAGCCAAGAAUGAAAACGGAUUGGGAAAAAUCUAAAUGCCCCAACAGUCUUCUACCGAUGAGAAAGGCUUUCAAGGGAAAUUUUCUUGUUGCUGGGGGUUAUGACAGAGACGAUGGAAUUAAUGCCAUUGCUGAAAACCGGGCAGAUCUUGUUGUUUAUGGUCGACUAUUUUUGGCCAAUCCAGAUUUGCCUAAGAGAUUUAAGCUUAAUGCUCCUCUCAACAAAUACGACAGAAAAACAUUCUACACCCUUGACCCUGUUGUUGGUUACACAGAUUAUCCAUUUCUUGAAGACAUGGUUGCCUAGGUUUCUAAAGGAGGAAAGGGGAAUCUGAAUUAUCUAAAAUAAAUCCUCUUAGAUAACCCAAGUUGCUUUUGGUUUUCUUUUCUUGAAGUGAUUUCCAUCUGUGUUGCACGGGUGUAAUGAAAACGUAAAAUGCUAAAUGCAGUCGCCGUGCAACUGUGUGACUUGGCCUGACACAUAGUAUUAAUGAAACAGCGAGUAUAUUGUCGUUUUUGUAAAGGAAUUCUUCUAUGACAUUUUUCACAUCAUUUUACGCUA